GACCUUACGGACUAUUGUUGUCGAUUUUUGGUAAUGGUGGAUGGCCCUAUUUGGGGGGGGUUUCAUGGCACGCUUUCUAACGCAGUGUGUUGAAGCAGACCUCAGCCACCACUCCAAAGGGCUGUUUAUAAGGAGGUAGACGCCCUCUAAAACAAUAUUAUUUUUUAUAAUACUAUGUUUAAGAGGAUGGCUGAAUUUGGUCCAGAUUCCGGAGGGCGGGUAAAGGGAGUAACAAUCGUUAAACCGAUAGUUUAUGGGAAUGUGGCUCGGUAUUUUGGAAAGAAACGAGAAGAAGAUGGACAUACUCACCAGUGGACGGUGUACGUGAAGCCUUACAGGAAUGAGGAUAUGUCUGCUUAUGUAAAGAAGAUCCAAUUCAAGCUGCAUGAGAGUUAUGGAAACCCACUAAGAGUUGUCACCAAACCACCAUAUGAAAUCACAGAGACUGGCUGGGGUGAAUUUGAAAUCAUUAUAAAGAUAUUCUUCAUCGAUCCCAAUGAGAGGCCGGUCACCCUCUAUCACUUACUGAAGCUCUUCCAGUCUGACUCAAGUGCUAUGCCGAAGAAGACUGUGGUUUCGGAGUUCUACGAUGAAAUGAUCUUUCAGGAUCCAACAGCCAUGAUGCAGCAGCUGCUGACAACCUCAAGACAGCUGACUCUGGGAGCCUACAAGCACGAGACUGAGUUUGCGGAGCUGGAGAUGAAGACCAAGGAGAAACUGGAGGCAGCCAAAAAGAAGACAAGUGUGGAGAUCACCGAGCUGAAGGAGAGGCUGAAAGCAAGCAGAGAGACUAUCAACUUCUUGAAGAGCGAGAUUCGCAAGCUGGAGGAGGAGGACCAAGUCAAAGACACCUGAGCGCCGGUCUCCAUGCGGAGCGGCACUGAAGUGAAACCCACCCUGGAGUGGUCUCCAUCUCUGUGUGUGUAGAAACGUCCUAGGAAGACUUCACGCCUCUGCAUUCAGCUCUUUGGGAACAGCCUGUUCCCCCGAGUUCUUAAACAAGUUCCCACUCCUCCCCUGUCAUGCACACGGCCAACUUCUCUAACCUCUUUGAAGAUGUUCUCCCAUUCCAAAGGCCAAAGUGGUCUUGAAACACUCGUUUGACCGAAGUUUUAAAAGGCUUUUUUUUUUUAAUAAGGCUCAACUUUUUUCCCUCAUGGUCAUUUUUAUUUGUAAAAACAUUAUAUAUUUGUUUUAUUUGGUGGGAUUGUGGAGCUUUGUCAUUGUGAAACGCAAGAUUGACAACUCCCAAAAAUGCUUUUGAUAAACAUAAAUUUCCCUGUAUGAUAUUUUUAUAUAUUUUUAAAAGGUUUAGCUUUAAACAGAUUUGAGUAUUAAAUUUCUAGAAAGUCAAAGGGAUAAAAUGUUGUAGAAUGGUAUCCGUGCUUGUCCACAGUUGGACACAGAAGUAAAAUUAUCGCUUAAUUUUUCAGACAUCAGGCACCAAGUACCACAAGUUGGGAAAAGGAGUGACUUGUAGAUCCCUGUAAACUGCAAACUUUUUUUAUUUGAGUUUUUUUUUUUUAUCCAGUGGAAGUUUCAAUAGGAUAUUCAGUGUUGGUAAAUUAAACCUUCCAGGCUUUGAGGUGAUUAUUUUCCAUGUGCUUGACUGAGGUCUUCAGUCUGAGCAGAGGUUCUUAGCUGUAGUCUUGCAGAGCGUCUAUCUUCAUUAAAACUCUGUUUUUCAAAGGGAACUGCAAUCCCCAUUUCUCUGACCAGUUAUUAAAUUCAAUGACGUUAAUGCAAAAUUUGUCAAAACAAUUAUAAGCACAAAAUUGUGAACUUUGUGAAUGAACUGAAAGCUGCCAUGUCACAAACUCACUCCCGCAGGUGGUGACACCACUGGUCCGCACGAAUUACAAUGUGAAGCGGCCCUUCCUGCUCACUAGUCACUGUAAUGAGUGUUGUAAUGUAUGAGCAAAUAAGUACAGGUUGUGCUGCAGACAUUUUACUGCAGAAAUCAAGCAACGUGAUCUGCAAGCAGAGUUAACAAUUAAGUCGUGUUUGUCUUGAAGUCGAGAGCAGUAUUUCUGUUGGAUGAAAAGAGAUGUAUUCAUAAGUCUGAUUCUUUGAAAUGUUUUGUGAUAAGGCCGCUUCAUAGAAGUUUGGUUGUCUCGUUUUUGAAUCGGAGAAUAUGUUAUUAUUCAGGCCUGGAAAUUUUGUGUAUUUUGUGAUGUAAAACCCCCAAUUUACAAGUUACUGUGUGUACAUUUUACUUUGAGUUUUGUUUUGAACUACACUCAUCAGUGUUGAUUCUUUCUAAUAUAAACACAGCAUUGCAGUUCCCUUUUAAAGAA